AUGCCUCGCCCCUCCCGCCUUCCGGCAACCCUCAUUACUAGGAACUUACGGCCCAUCGAACAAAAAGAUGGGCCUCGACUAUGGAACGCGAAAAGACGAAUCAAGACAACAAAAGGUCUGUCGAAAAAGUCGUUUUGGAAGUUCAACGCAAGUACUGUCGACGAGUGGUUUCGAGGGAAUAAUCUUUCAUGGCAUAUUCCUCCAUCGGCAAAGACCCUUCCUCAAGUGAAUAGCGAUCUUGAGCAUGGCCCCGAAGAGGACAGCGGUCAAGAGAACAGGUCCGUGGCACGGCGGAGAAAUCUAGGAGAGAGCAUUCAGGAGACCGAUCCACCAAAGAUCAGGCUCGAAGUACAGGAUAACCAUCCACAAAAAUUUAAGCUCGAGACUAGGGGGAACAAUCCACAACAGGUCAAGCUUGAGGUACAGGAGAACAGCCCAGAGGGAAGCACUCAGGAGGGCGAUCUACGAGAGAUCAAACUCGAGGCAGAUGAGAACAAUCUGGCUGAAAGCUAUCCUCGGAAGGGAAAGACAUCCCAGGAACGAGAUGCUCCCCAGGAGACUGGUCGAGAAGCGUAUCUCAAGUUUUCGCCGGGAGAGCGAGCAGCAAUUGCCAAAACAUUGAACGAGAAUGGAAAACUCGAGUGGUGGAAACUCGACGAGGAAACCCUCAACAAAUUCAUGGACCGACAUCCCCAGCUUCGUGAGGUUUCAAACGAUGUGAGAUCAUUCAUCUAUGCCAAUGGCCACAUGCUCGAUGAAUCUGCUCUUCUUCGAUUGGUGAGGAAUCCUGCUCGAUAUUUCUCCGCUUCGGUCAACGUACCUCUCGCACUUCGGCAACAAAUAUACUUCCCUGACGUGAAAGAUGCUGUCGUCCUGAUGCGCACUCCUCACCUUGGUCCCCGAUACGCCGCCUUCGAUGUCCCUCUCCAUUUCAGCAAGCUCCACCUAAAAGCCUACCUGAAAGACGCAUACAACGUGGACGUUCUACAUGUCCGAAGUGUAGUCGUCCAGCAAAAAGUGCAAAGAAAAGAUCCACCAAAUAGAUACACACAGGGUGAGCUUUACCGACCUACAAGCAAGAAGAAAAUGACGGUCUUGCUCGCCAAACCGUUCGUGUACCCGGAAGAAAUCACAGAUCUGGGCCCGUGGGACCAUGAGACUUAUUGGACCGCUGCGAAAGCCCUCGCAGAAAGGGCACGAUACGCCGACGUCGACAACUACACAAGAACGGAUCCAAACCUUGACCAUCGCAGAUCAAUCGCCCAGCAAGCCAAAGAUUUACUCCAGGGUAAGACAAAGUGGGCGCCUACCUGGUACUCAUUCGAACCCGAUGUCAGGGCCAUGAAAGGGUCGCGACAAUCAUCGCAAGUGCCGCGUUCUUAG